AUGCAGACACCAUUACGAUUGAUUGUGGAAUCGCAUGAAAAUGAAAACUGCCUCGAAAGCAUCAAGGUUCCAACAACUUGGCCAUCAAGCGGAUUUUGUACCAGAAAGACACCGUCUUGUAUACUACUUAAACCUGACAAAAGCAUUGCUGAGUUUGGGUACAAAGCUGAUUUUCAAUUCAGCAAAAAUGAGUCGCUUCCUGAGAGAAAGAGACCAAAAGACUGGAAGGACUGGAAUUUCUUUCGCUCUUUCAAGAUGCGACUCUACACUGGGGAGGAACUUACAGUCGAUACUCCAAUGGAAGCCGCAAAAAACAAACAUUUACCAGCAGUUGAGGUACUGGCAAAAACAAUAGAGUAUCUGAAGGCUGAAGCAAUUAAAAAACUACGAGCAGACGGUUGUGUUUAUUCAGAAAAAGUAACCAAAUGGGUUAUAACGGCUCCUGCUAUUUGGAAUGACUCGGCUAAACAUGUGAUGCAAGAGGCGGCAGAAAAAGUAAUUAUCUAA